AUGGGAUAUACAUCAACGUUGAAAUUUGUUAAUUUAGGAGUAAAAAGACGAUUAUUUAGAAAAGCACAUAAACAACCACAUCAUAGAUGGGAUAGUAUAAAAAAUCAAUUAAAUGAAUUACUAAAAUAUGGAAGAAUUGAAACAACAUUAACUAAAGCAAAGGAAUUGCAAGGAUAUGCAGAGGAGUUAAUUUAUUUAGCAAAAAAAAAAAAUAAUUCAGAAAAUAGUUUGUUAGUUGAAAGUAUGCUAAGAACCCCACAAGGACGUAGAAAAUUAUAUGAAUAUUAUGUUCCAUUAUAUAGAGAUCGACCUUUUUUUUUUACUAGAAUUAUAAAUCAAUGGAGAUUCAGAUUAAGAGAUGCUGCUCCUAUGGCAUUUAUUGAAUUUAUUGACAGACCCGGCGAAUUAAAACCUGCUAAACCAGUGGGAUAUGAUCGAAUUAAAUAUAUUUAUUAUGAAAUCCAAAAAAAUCGAAGAAAUUUAAAAAAAUAUUAUCAUGUUGCAAAAAAGUUUAAUUUAAUAGAUUCGAAUGACCAAAUUGUGUCGGACUUUUCUCAGGCCGCCAUUUCCAAGCAGGAAGAGUGGCAAAGCGAUGAUGAGGAAGAUAUAAUAAUAGAUGAAAAUUUACUCCAAAAAUAUAAACAGUAUGGUGAUCAAAUGUUACCGGGUCCUUUAAAAGGAAGAGAACCAUUUUAUGUUGAUUUACCUUUACCGAGUUUAGUAGAAAAACAAUUUUUAAAUUAUAGGAAAAAAUUCAAGCCAUAA